CUUGGAUUUAUGAUCAAAAUAGUUGAAAGAUAUUUUCAGUUAAAUCUUGAAAUACCCAAACUUCACCAAAGGUCAUCAUGCAGAUUCUGGCCGUCUGUGGUCUACAAAACACGGUUCAGGAAAAAAGUGGCAUUUGGCUGCUGGACUAUUCGAUACAAGCACAGUUGGACCACACGGUGGAAUCACAAAUUGUUCCAUAUUAAUAUACUGCAGAUUUUUUAUCAAAAACUUGUAUAUUCCAGUGCACGAUGUCGUUCCAAAAAAUGAUAGUGUUUAGCAACAAGGCAGAUCAUCAAGCUGUUCUACUGCUAGGAAACGACAUCCAUAUUUUGCAGAACCUUCAGCGACCAGGGGCUCCUCAAAUUGAAGAAUUGGAGGCUCUUGUAACAGACCACUCCAGUCUCCGAAGCAGACAUGGUUAUAUCGCGGAUCCUAAACUUAACCACGCACUGCAGAAGUGCCGCAGUUUAUUUAGUCAAAGAUCUGACUGCGUGACGAUACGCCGGAAGAGAAUCUUCCUCUUCACGAACUUGGACGGUCCACAGGAUCCCACUGUUCAACGGAACAGCAAACUCGAAGCCCGACAGCUCUACAAAGAAGACGUGGAGAUCAAGCUUGUGUAUUUUGACGAUGAGAGCAAGCCGUUCAAUGCGUCACUCAUUUACAAUGACCUGCUGCUUUCGAAAGACGACGCAUUCUGUGGAAAUAGGUGUGAUCGUGACCAAUUUGAUGCCCGUGUCUUCACCACCAAACUGGAAGCCAUCAAGGGUCCUCGAAGAAGACUGCAUUUCUCAUUAGGACAAGACCUGAAUAUUGGAAUCGGCUUAUACAACCUUGUUCAAGAAAAGAAGUUGACAAAGUCAUUCAGCGUGGGACAAAACCGAAAUCCCGCGGACAAGGAUUCCAGCAACGAAGGAGCUCAGUUACCGGCUAGGAACGGAGGAAUCCUUGAUUCUAGUGACCGUCAGAAUCAGUAUACAAAGGAAAUAAAUGAGGCUCAGUCUGGCAGUUCUCCGAAAAAGGAAUUGGGCGACGAUGACCCUGGGGGCCACUGGAUGUACUCCAUGACCUACCGUGGAAAGGAAAUUAAGUUCACAGAGCAAGAAAAGACGGAUCUUUGCACCUUCGGUGAAACUGGUCUUUCCCUGCUGGGAUUCAAGCCGCGACAUGAAAUGAGAGAUGGCCACCUCCGUCCUAAAAUAAAAGAUGAUCACCAGCUCGGGCAUCCAAUGUUCGUCUUCCCGGAUGAGCUCAUGGUGAGUGGAAGUACCCGCCUGUUCUCGGCUCUCCUCCAGCGAUGCUUGGCCCGAGACGUGGUCGCUAUCUGUAGACUGAUUGUGCCCUCGGCCUGGUAUUUGGCACCUUCAACACAAAUUGUCGCUUUACUACCCCAGAAGGAGGAGCUUGAUGAACACGGAAAGGAGAUAUGCCCAGCAGGGUUCCAUCUCAUCAAACUCCCUGGACCGCGUGAUCUCCGGAAGGUUCCAAAACGUGUAAUCAACAAAGUCUGUGGUGCCAACAACAAAGCAAAUAAGAUGCAGAUCGACAAGGCCAAAGCGAUGAUCCAGAAACUGCAGUUUUCGUUCCGGAGUGAGAACUACGAGAACCCCUCCUUGAAGCGACACAUGCCCACCGACGACAUUGUGGACAAUACCAAGCCCAAUCAUGCCUUCUUCGCUGAAAAAGCCGAUAUAGAAAUUGACGAGUUUAAGAGAACCGUGUAUCCAGAGGGCUACGCCCCAGCCAAGAAACAAAGGAGCCAGGGCACAGCUAACGCUUUGACGACAAAAACAAUGGAGCAGCAUGUACGAGACGGAAGUAUCACUACAUGUACAGUGGCCCAGCUGAAGGCGUUUUGCGUCGAGAACAGAUUGGCCACACGCGGGAAGAAAGCUGAUCUCAUUAGAGAGGUGUGCGGUUUCUACAAUUGUGACCCGCCAGCAGCAAAAUAAGAGUUCAGUUUUAGCUUCACUUCUAGGUAAGGGUAAAUGAUAAAAAUCUUAAAUUUACAAAGGUUUUUAUGUCAUUCUCUGAUGAUGAGCCGUGAGCCAAGAUUACCCGAAUUUAUACAGUGUACAAGAUUUCGUGGAAACGCAUAUAAACUUUAUUUGUCGUUCGAUCAGUAGUCCAAUAAUUCGUUCCGUUUUCGAUAACGGUAUUUAGUAAUCGAACGGCGUUUUAAACAAAAGUUCCGCAAUAGGCGGAAACAACAAAGCCAGCGGCCUAACUUCAGUCUUCUUUUAAAGUAUUUCUUUUUCAAAUGAUUUAUUUCUAAAUUUUUCUGGAACAGCUUCACACGGCAUGUCGUAUUUAUGCCUUCCAAUAUAAACCGGCUCAUUGUCCCAUUGCUGGUUUGAUAACGUUUUACUCUUCAACUUUUGAAAAGAAAACCUGAAUUUCCAUAAACCGGAUAUGUAAUUAACCGAAUAGAAAACACAUGUAUAUCAAUCCACAAUUAGACUGAUUAAUCAAGAACAUCACUGUGGGAACUGAAGAUCGCAGUUUUGGGACAGGACACGAGGUAAAAUUCCUAAGAAAUACAUAAGCUUCAGGAUGAGGUCCCCACAACCGUACUUGCGGAGCAGUGGGGUAGAUCCAAACGAUUGCAUUUAUUUCCAGGUUUGCAU